AUGUCUUCCGAAUUGUCUACCACUUCCACUAACAAUCUUGAGAAUUCCAUGGCGAAGACCCCAUUGGCUCAUGACAAAGAUAUCCUUUCUCUUAAAUCUUCUAAAAGUGACCCUUUUUUUGAUGCAAGGUCUGCUGGUAGUGAUGCCUCAGGUCAUGGAAAGUCACACCAGCUAGAGGAUCAAAAAAACCACAAAGAAAUGACAGGAGUGCAUUCCAAUCACCACUCUUCUAACAAACCUUCAUCCAAAAAACCACAUUCUAAUUCAGUAGUUCCUGAGAAGAAACCAUUCGGGGCUCCGGUAAAAGGACGCAGACAGCAAGUUCUUGAGAUGAUGAAAAAUGAGCAUUUGGAAAAUGUUGGUUAUAUCGAUGCCAGUAGAAUCUCUCAAGAAGAUGAUAUUCAAGGCAAUGAGCGAAUUCUUGUGAAAGCUAACGCCUUCAGAAACUCCAAUAAAUCAAGAACACAACCAUUUUUCAAGAAUUUCUCGGUUGUUUUGAAAAAGUUUAGCAAAAGAAAUUCAUAA